CUCGAGACACGCACCCCUGCUUACUUAACACCCCAACUGGGUGCCUUGCCCUGUGGUCCUCCCCUCCUCGAUCAACAACUUCUCCGGCCUCCUGGUCCUCGCACACCACACCACACCACACCCACCCCCCGUCUCCUCUCCACAGCUUCUCUCUCUCUCUAACGCUUGACAAGGAGAGAGAAAGGCGUCUUGUAGCUGAUCCGCCCGGGAGCCGGGAGCGCAGGCAAAAGCAUGGAGCAAUACGACGAGCUCUUUCCUUCCGCCUACGUGGACUCCUCCUCCCCCAUCAUGGUGCCCAACGGCGGCGCGGCGCUGGGGGAGCGGCCGAGAGCGCGGCGCAGGAGGCGGCGGGCGGCGAGGUGCGGCGGCGACGGCGGCGAGCUGGACGGCGGAGGGGACCCCAAGAAGCGGCGGCUGAGCGACGAGCAGGUGGAGGCGCUGGAGCUGAGCUUCCGGGAGGAGCGGAAGCUGGAGACCGGCCGGAAGGUGCACCUGGCCGCCGAGCUCGGGCUCGACCCCAAGCAGGUCGCCGUCUGGUUCCAGAACCGCCGCGCCCGCCACAAGAGCAAGCUGCUCGAGGAGGAGUUCGGCAAGCUCAAGCAGGCACACGACGCCGCCAUCCUCCACAAAUGCCACCUUGAGAACGAGGUGAUGAGGCUGAAGGAGAGGCUGGAGAUCACGGAGGAGGAGCUGGCGCGGCUCAGAUCCGCCGCGGGGAGCCACGCCGUCUCCGGUGACGGCGGCGACGCCAUGGGCCGCGUCGUCUGCAGCGGGAGCCCGAGCUCGUCGUUCUCCACGGGCACAUGCCAGCAGCCGGGCGUCCGCGAUCACCUCGGGGACGACGACCUGCUCUAUGUCCCUGACUAUGCCUGCUACCCUGACAACAGUGUGGUCGAGUGGUUUAGCCUGUAUGGACUGAUGUAAGCGAAGCUAUCAGUGAUAUGGUAUGCCGCCAGAUUAAUUCUAGCUAGUCAUCAUAGUGUCAUUGCCGUGUGCUGAUUUCUAAGUGUGCGUGUUAUUAUGUACAUAAACCAAGUUCUUAGUGGCAAAAUAUAGCCAGCUAGGUACUGCUAGUACUUGAAUUUCAGAUGAUGUUGUGUUUACCCA